AUGGCGACAGAUGAACUAUCGAGGCAAAUAACAAAUCGUAAGAUGUUGGUGGAUGAGAUCCAGGCUGAGUUUCUCGUGUGUGCAGUUUGUUCGGAGCCCUUCAAACGACCCAAGACUCUCAGCUGUCUGCACACUUUCUGCGCACGAUGCAUUGAAAAUAUUCACAACACAGAGCUGACCUACCGGAAGUACGGCGAUCCCAGAGAGGUCACGUGUCCAACUUGUCUGAAACGAACUCAACUUCCGGUAGGAGGAGCUAAAAAUUUGAUGGACAACACAUUGAUUUUGAAUCUCUGGGACUUGGUCGAUCGCCAGAGGAAAUCGAUGGUGGCAGUUCAAGGUCAGCGACCUCCGUGUCAUAUUUGUGGUUACGACAAUGAAGAGGAUCCGCUCAAAACUUCCAACAACGCUUCGAAUGUUGGGAGCGGCGGCAGCAGCAGUGCUUGCAAAAAUGCAAACGCGGCUAACGGUCUUUCAAAUAAAAUAAAUAAAAACAAAAGAAAAAUGAAGAAAAAGAUCUCAAAACCGGAAAAACCAGUUGAAAUUUAUAGACUCAGGAAGUCUUUCAUAGCAGAGAAUGCAACACUGAGAACAACAGUUUACGAGGAGAAGUCGAAGCAGAAGGAGUCGAGCGACAGCAGCUGCGAUGACAGCAGUUCAAGUGGCGACGACGGUAACUUCACCAGCGGAAAAAAAACUGGAAGUACAAGUAGCAGCAGCAGCAACUACAACAGCUACACUAGCUGCAGUAACAACAGCAACUACAACAACAACUACAACAACAACAUCAAUCAGAACAACAUUUCAACAACGAAUAAUAAUGAUUACGGCGCGGGGGAUAAAACGGCGGUAAGUAAGUGCUUGGAGUGCAACAAAUUGUUGUGCAAGGCUUGUGUUGGCAAGCAUAGAACAAUGAAAGUUACCAGCUGCCAUUCCUUGUUCGACCUUGACACUGAGAAAGAUGCCGAAUGUAAGGAUCACCCUGGAGAACCCGUUAGGUUUUAUUGUGAACGCUGUCAAAUGUGCGUCUGCGUCCUCUGCGCAUUCAACUCGCAUCGAGAGCACAACGUGGAACACUUCUCGGACGCUGCCAACAAACACAGGGAGCCCCUGAAGGACCUCGUGGAAAAGUGCAGGAGGCAGUCUUCAUCGUUCGGUUCUGCCCUCAACAACCUCACACAACUGGAACUCAACUUGAAGGAAGUUGAAACGAAAAUUCGUGAGACAGCCUCAGAGAUGGUGAUGCAAGUGAGAAAGGAAGAGAGAUCGCUGGUGGAGCAGCUUCAGCGAAUGUUCCAUCCGAGUGUUCUCGAGUAUGUUGAGAACAAGAACGAUCUCGAACUUCAGUACUUGCUGUCGAUGUCUCAAAUAAAUGAGUUUUGGACUAAUUUCAACCAAACUGCUCAUCGAAACCUCUCUGCUGCUCAUGUCGACGAAUGA